AUGUCAGUCUCAUCCAUAAGAAAUCCUAAUGAAAUGAGAAAAGGUCCAAACUUAAAUAUAGUAUUGACCUGUCCAGAAUGUAGAGUUUACCCACCAAAAAUUGUGGAAAGAUUUAGUGAAGGUGAUGUUGUUUGUGCACUUUGUGGUUUAGUAUUAUCUGAUAAAUUGGUUGAUACGAGAUCUGAAUGGCGUACUUUCUCUAAUGAUGAUCAGAACGGUGACGAUCCAUCUCGUGUUGGUGAAGCUUCAAAUCCUUUAUUAGAUGGUAAUAAUCUGUCUACUAGAAUUGGUCAAGGUGAAGGUACCGAUAUGAGAUUCACAAAAGAAUUAAAUAGAGCACAGGGGAAAAAUGUUGUGGAUAAAAAAGAUAAUGAAGUUCAAGCAGCUUUUGCAAAGAUUACUAUGCUUUGUGAUGCUGCUGAAUUACCUAAGAUUGUUAAAGAUUGUGCCAAAGAAGCUUAUAAAUUAUGUCACGAUGAAAAAUCUUUAAAGGGGAAAUCGACUGAAAGUAUUAUGGCAGCAUCGAUCUUGAUUGGUUGUCGUCGUGCUCAAGUGGCAAGAACUUUUAAAGAAAUUCAAUCAAUCAUUCACGUAAAGACGAAAGAAUUUGGUAAGACUCUUGGUAUAAUGAAAGGUAUCCUAAGAGAAAAGAGUUCAGAUGGAUUUAUUAAGAUUAAUACCGAUAAUAUGAGCGGUGCUCAAAACUUAACUUAUAUUCCAAGAUUUUGUUCUCAUCUUGGUUUACCAAUGCAAGUCACUACAGCAUCAGAAUAUACUGCAAAGAAAUGUAAAGAAAUUGAAGAAAUCGCUGGUAAAUCUCCAAUCACUAUUGCUGUCGUAUCGAUCUACCUAAAUAUCUUACUUUUUAAAAUACCUGUUUCUGCAGCAAAAGUCGCUCAAAUUUUACAAGUUACUGAAGGUACUAUCAAAUCAGGUUACAAAAUUUUGUACGAGCAUAGAGAUAUUGCCGUAGAUCCACAAUUAAUUGCUAAUGGAACUGUUUCCAUAGAUAAUUUACCAAAAUUAGAAAAGGAAAGAAAUUCAAAAACUGAUAGAAAAAAGGAUUAA